AUGCUUGGGGACCGUGUGCCGGUGACCAGUGGCGGCGAGGGCUCGGCCAUAUGUUCUUCGCGGAGAGUCCUUGGGGUUUCCUGCUUCAACAGUGCUUUGACGGAACCCGGCGCUUGUCCCCCACCCCGGCCGGCCGCCCAUAGCCAGCCCUCCAUCACCUCUUCACCAUGCCCUCGGACCAACCCCAAGGCCCCCGCCGCCGCUCCAGCUCCAGGCAGCCGCCGCCGCCGCCUCUCCUUAGUCGCCGCCAUGAUGACCGCGUCUACCUCGCAGGUGCGCCAGAACUACCACCAGGACUCAGAGGCCGCCAUCAACCGCCAGAUCAACCUGGAGCUCUACGCCUCCUCCGUUUACCUAUCCAUGUCUUACUACUUUGACCGCGAUGAUGUGGCUUUGAAGAACUUUGCCAAAUACUUUCUUCACCAAUCUCAUGAGGAGAGGGAACAUGCCGAGAAACUGAUGAAGCUGCAGAACCAACGAGGUGGCCGAACUUUCCUUCAGGAUAUCAAGAAACCAGACUGUGAUGACUGGGAGAGCGGGCUGAAUGCGAUGGAGUGUGCAUUACAUUUGGAAAAAAAUGUGAAUCAGUCACUACUGGAACUGCACAAACUGGCCACUGACAAAAAUGACCCCCAUUUAUGUGACUUCAUUGAGACACAUUACCUGAAUGAACAGGUGAAAGCCAUCAAAGAAUUGGGUGACCACAUGACCAACUUGCACAAGAUGGGAGCAUCUGAAUCUGGCUUGGCAGAAUAUCUCUUUGACAAGCACACCCUGGGAGACAGUGAUAAUGAAAGCUAAGCCUCAGGCUAAUUUCCCCAUAACCAUGGGAUGACUUACCUUGUCACCAAGGCAGUGCAUGUAUGUUGGGGUUUCCUUUACCUUUUCUAUAAGUUGUACCAAGACACCCACUUAAGUUCUUUGAUUUGUACGAUUCCUUCAAAUAAAGAAAUUUGGUACCC